AUGCGCUCACUCUCUGUGUAUCUAGGACUUGAGGAGGCGUCGGAUUAUCCUUACCAAAUAUUUCGUUGGGUUUCAAGUCUGAUUUCUGGGGAGGUUGAAAUGACGUCGACGAACCUUGUGAGCUUCCAUAAACAUCUACCCCUCUUCCUAUUUCAGAAGUUCAGGCCAUUCGAUUUGAAGGAAUUGAAUCUCCUCAAGCUAAACCGAAACCCUUCUUCGUCUUUGUCUUCGUCUUCUUGUUGCAGAGUUCAGGCAAUGAUGAAGGAAAAGGAAGAUUCUGAGUCACAAGGAUAUGAGAUAGACAGAGAUAAGGCCAGAGAAGCCCUCCAAAAGCUUGACCAACAGCUUCAGUCUCUCUCCACUAAGCAAGUCUCUUCUCCUAAGCUCAGAGCCUCGGAGGUGAAGUUCGAAGAAUCAGAGAGAGUGAAGAGUAGCUUGAAUAUGAGAGAAAAGGAGUUCGAAAUAUCAGACUCGUUUCUGGGUUAUACCGCAGUUGCUCUAGUUUUAUUCACUAUCUUCUACAAUUUUCUGUUCGACACUGUAAUUGCGCCUUCCAUUGAUGGUGCUCCUUGAUCUUGGACAUGACCAUGAUUGUACCAUCAAAUUGAAAUCAAGAGAAAAAUAGGAAAACAAAAUUACAGGGACUUGUAACGAGGUUUAUUAUCCUCUUUGUCUU